AUGAAAUAUUUAAUCUUAACUGUAUUCCUAUUAUUAUCACUUUUCACUAAUCAAUCAUACCAACAAGCUAUAGAGUAUGAUACAACGAUCGAUUGUUCAACACCAUCUGGAUGUGAUUUCUAUGUGGGCGCAAACUGGGUCGGUGGAGUUGCUCCAACAGCCGAACAAGAUGCUGUAAUUAAUUACCAAGGAGACUUGGCAAAGACAUUCACUGUCUAUACCUUUGAGAGAGAACUCAUCGUCAAGUCUUUGACCUCGACCAACACAGCAUUGAUCGCCAGAGCUGGUGCCUCCAUCGGAUUGCUCAAUGUAACCAAAUCACAAGUUGAUUUUACUGGUGCAUUCAAUUCCACCGUCCAAACCAUCGUCUCGGAUACUGCCACUUUCACCAUUUCCAAUGGAGCUGCAUUUACUUUGGUCAACGCUGCCAAUUUCUCAGCUGACUCUUCUUUUUCAGGCAGUGAUAAUUCCUCACUCACCUUUUCGGCUGAUACCAACUUUACUGAUACUGUCUCGCUCAAGGACACUUCCUCACUCACCGGUCUUACCACCCUCACAUUCCAAAGUGGUGUUACUGUCGAAGGUGGAGCUACCGUCUUUGUCAACGCCAGUAUCGCAGGAGAGAGUAGUUUUGCCGACUUGAACGUCACUGGAACUUUGGUAGUAUUGGCCAACUCGCCUGUCACUGUCAGUGGUAAUUUUGAUGGUAGCAGUUCCAUCGUGAAUGUCCAAAGUGGAGCCAACCUCGGGUUUAGUCAAACUCCAAACUUUGUACUCUUGAAGAACGUCGCUGUCGCAGGUACACUCGCCUUUGACAAUACUGCUGCCACCAUCACAGUUGCUGGCGUUGUCUCUGCCAAUGUCCUCUCGUUCACCGAAACUACUUCGACCGUCACUUUUUCGGGUGCCCAAACCAUGAUCCAAACUCUUCAAUUGACCAGCACCACACCCAUCACAUUUGCAGGUACCACUCAAAUCGUCACCAUUUCCCAAACUGGAGACAUCCAACCACCCUCUUUUGCAGACCUCUUGUUCACCUCUGUUGCAGCCAUCACCGGUACCUCUCGAACCUUUGCCAACGUAGAUAUCACCGUCAAUGGUGUCAAUGCCCAAUUGACCGUCUCCAACUCUUCCAUUGAAUUUACUGCUGGUGGUAUUGCCGUCACCCAAGGCAAGUUGAAAGUCACUGGCUCCACCAUCAGUGGUCCCGUCACGUUGGCUCCAUCUGCCCUUUUAUACACCACCAACUCUACUUUGGAUGCCGACCAAAUCAUCGCCAAUGGCACUACAUGGUAUCCACAAUCGACCAACGUCACCGGUAACCUCGAACUCCAAGCAACCGCCGUCGUCAGCUUUGUCGCUGCCACCCUUGUCGUUGGUGACACUCCAGUUGUCAAAGUAGAUGGUACCGUCAAAUUGGGAGGUGCCAAGCUCGCAGCCGACUUUGCCAACACAGCCGUUCAAGUCAACAAGAACUACACUCUCAUCUCUGCCGCCCAAGAACUUAGCGGUGAAUUUUCCACCAAGACUGUUACCAAAACCGGUGUCACCUUGGAAUACAAAGUACAAAACACUACCCUCGCCGACGACGUUACUCUUGUUCAACUUGUAGUUACCAAGAUCAACUCUGGUGGUAAUACCAAUUCAUCAUCAUCUACAUCUGAUUCUGAAUCUGAAGAACCAUCAUUUGGAACCCAAUUAACUGUAUCAUCUUAUUUAUCUGCUAGUUUUAUUCUUUUGUUGUUAUCAUUAUUACUUUAA